AUGACUGUCCUGUGUGACACGGCCAUGGUCAAGUUCCUGCUGCUAUUGACAUUGUGGCUCACCCUCCUGGGGCAGGCAGCAGCUCAGAAACCCCUCAGAACUAGUGAUCCUGGCCUCUGCCCGCCUCUGGAGGACCACACUGUGAGGGUUGACAUCCGUAUCCGCAGGCAGAACCAGGGCGUUUCCUUCUCACGCAACCUGCAGAACCGCUCCAUCUCCCCCUGGGAUUACAACAUCACCCGGGACCCCAACCGGUUCCCCUCUGAGAUCGCGGAGGCCCAGUGCAGACACAUUGGCUGCAUCAACGCCGAGGGACAGGAAGACAGGACCCUGAACUCUGUCCCAAUCCAGCAGGAGUUUCUGGUCCUCCGGAGGAAGCGAAAGGGCUGUCCUGGCUUGUUUGUACUGGAGAAGGUGCUGGUGACCGUGGGCUGCACCUGCGUCACCCCAAUGGUCCGCUACCUGCAUGACCCGAUGGCAGAUGGGGUGGCAGAUCAGCUCAACUGA